GGGGCUCCGGUGCGCCAGAACAACAACUCUACAGACACAACUUGCGGCUAUAGUGCGGUGCAUCGGUGCAACGACAUUUAAAGUGCAUAAUACAUCCUCGGCACCAUCACUCCACUAGAUAAUCAUGCAGACAGUGGGCACACCGAAUCUCCCACCAGAACUAUGCGACAUCGUCGUCGACUUCCUAUGGUCGAACCCCCGGAGCCUCGCCGCCUGCAGCGCCGUGUCGCGCGCGUGGCUGCCCACCGCACGCGUCCACAAGUUCCGCGCGAUCAAGCUGUGCUCCCCGCACCGCUGCAUGCGCCUCGAGCGCGUCCUCGACUCGCCGCUCCUCGACUCGAGCGGCAUCGCGCUGUGCGUCCGCGAUCUGCGGGUUGGCGUGGACUCGGAUGACACUUCGGCCCGAGAGGUCACUGUGCAGGCCUUCUGGAAGAGCGAGCGGCUCGCGCUGCUGCUGCGGCGCUUUACGAGGGUGCACUCGCUGCGGCUGGAGAACCUGACUUGGGCGGACGACCGUCUGCCUCGGCCUACGGCAGAGGCUCUUCUUGCGAUAGCGUCUGGACUGUCACAUCUGCACCUGAAGCGCGUUGUGUUUGACACAACCGACAGCGUCAUGCACAUCUCGUCGGCAUCUCCUACCUUGUCGCGGUUACAGGCGUCCUCUGUGUCGUGGCUGCGUCGAUCACGCACUGUCGCUCGUGCGGAGACUGCUCAGCAAGAGUUGCCGGGAUUGAACUGGCGGCUCGAGCAGCUAGUUUCUGACCCGUCCUCCUACCUCGCGUUCCUCGCAGCGGCAACAUUGUAUCCGCGACUUCUACGCGCUUCGGUCGCGCAUAUGGAGUGGGCAAUCGCUGAGCAGCCGCACAACGCUUGGAUCAGACAACAGGGAGAGAGCGAGGCCGAUGUUGUAGUGCGUAGAAUAAUGGUGGCAGUAGCCAGUGCCACCGUCACCGGAGAGCCCGACGGCCCUAUCGAUCUAGUCCGUGACGAUCCACUCAUCUCCACCAUCGAUUCACUGUACAUCAACAUCUCCAGGCCUGUGCCGGACAGAUCUGCACACGCUUGGGCAGCGAGCAUGCCCGGCUACCUGCAAAACAUCGAUGUCCGCACGAUCGAGUUUAACCUCGGGACCUUCAUCUCGGACUCGUUCCAGCUCGACUCGCUCAACUUCUCCCUGCUGGACAGCGUGCUGACGCUCCUCGUAUCAAGGUCGAAGCGCCCGGAGGUGGUGGUGACGUUCCGCAUGCGAGUCCAGCUGGCGGAAGACAACCUCUGGUGGGCGGACGCGGAGGAGAUUAGAGAUAGGGCAGCCUCGUACUUUCCGCUCCACAUUCCCAAGCUGCUUGCCUUGAGGACUCGUGUGGGCCUUUUGAUGACUUUUUUUCAUCCGUACCGCCCGCUCGCCGCUGAACCGGUCACUAGAGAAGUUUGGUGGACAUAAUAGCUUUAUGUUGGAAUCAUCGUAUUACAUGUCUGGGUUGCAGCUCGCGUCGCAUGUUUCUUGAAUACCUGCCUUUUUGGGCGUGAAGUGCGUGGGAAGUGUAGCGUCGUAAACAUGUGUGUAGGAUGUCAUUACAUAAAUGCUU